UCAGGACAUCAAAUCCGAAAAAAAAAAACAUUGCAAAUUCGACGUUCUUUGGUUUUCAUAAGUUUGUUAUUUUCUUGUUCAAGUGUGAAGGUAUAAAAUAUUAUUGUGCACGUGUGGCAUUUCAUAAAGUUUAUUGGGUUGUUUUUUUCCCUAGAUUAAAAUGACUUUCCAAUCGCCAAUGCCAAGCAGAGAUUUCUUAUGGAACAUUUUUAGAAGUGUUGACAAAGAUAGAAGUGGUUACAUAUCUGCUGAUGAACUGCAACAGGCUCUGUCCAAUGGAACAUGGAAUCCAUUUAAUCCUGAAACUGUACGUCUGAUGAUUGGUAUGUUUGACAAACAAAAUAGGGGUGUCAUAUCAUUUGAGGACUUUGGUGCACUUUGGAAAUAUGUUUCUGAUUGGCAAAAUUGUUUCCGAUCAUUUGACCGUGAUAAUUCUGGGAAUAUAGAUAGAGUGGAAUUGAAGAAUGCACUUACAGCCUUUGGAUACAGAUUGUCUGAUGAUGUUGUUGGUAUAAUGGUGCAGAAAUUUGAUAGAUUCGGUAGAGGGACAAUAUUGUUUGAUGAUUUCAUACAGUGCUGCGUCACACUUUAUACUCUUACAUCAGCAUUCCGCCAGUACGACUCGGACCAAGAUGGUGUCAUCACGAUACAUUAUGAGCAAUUCCUUAAAAUGGUUUUUGGAUUAAAGGUAUAAAAUGUAAAACUUAUAAACAUGAUAACUUUAGUAUUAUCAGCGAAUGUUAAUGUUUUGAUAACUGCCAGAUAAUAUGAGCAUGUUCAAAUAAAUGAAAAUACAAAACUUAAUUUUGCUAUUUUUGUGUGUAGAAUUUUACUGAAAUGCAUGUGUAAAUUUAUAAAACUUAAAAAUUAGAUAACAGAGAACAGUGAUCUGGGUUGGUGUGUAAUGACACUGACUUCAGAUUAGUAAAUAUCCACUAAAAUUGAUAAUGGAUACUGGAGAAAACUAUUUUUUUUGUUGUUGCUUAAAACGCAUAGGUUAUUUGACUAACGCCUAAUCCAAUUAAUGCAGCUGCUUAAGGAUUCGGGUCUCAGAUGCUCAAACACAUCCUACGUGCAAGAACAUUACUCAAUUGCAUUAUUCAAAUAACCUAUGGCGUUUCGUCUGAGGUAUUUUUAUUUAAAAAUAUAUAAAUAAGAGUUGACCUCAAGGGUUUAAAUACCAGGUCAUAAAAUCUCAAAAAAAAAAAAAAAUAUAUGGUUACAUCAGUGUCAAAUUAAAAAUUUAAUUUUCAUCGAAAGCGUCGGAUCAGUAACUCUGAUUUUCAGCAAAAAUAAACGCACAUUUAAAAAGGAACAAACGGUUUGCUUUUUGGGUUAUGUUUUGGUUUGCUUGCGUUGUCAUUCACAAUGCUCCGUUGUUUGCGUUUAAUUGUUGCCAUUAGAGGCGUUCAGUUGGAAAUCGACGAUUUCAAUUAUUCGUAUUUGACAUUAAAAAAUUUUGGUCGGUCUCGAUUUACCUGCAACCAUUAUGAGCUAAGAUAAUAAGUAAUUAUUAGAAGAAUUACAUUCAAUAAUAUAUCAGGCUAAGGCGAAUAGAACUACGCGCAAACCCAUAUUAUGGAAAUGAUUUGCGAAAAAAAGCAGAAUCUACCUCAUAUUUCUAAUAUAUAGAAAUAUGAUGGGUACAAUAAUUUUCCUGUUGGUAUCCAUCCGCAUUUAAUAAAAACGAAGUGGAUAUUAUUGUGUAUAAAAUGUAUCCUAGACUGUAACGCUUUUUAAAUAUUGCGUGUAAGAUUGAUGUCUUCCAUUAAAAAAAAAGACGUUACACAAAAAUAUAUAUAUUUUACACUGCACACAAUAAUUAAAAUUCAGAAGCGUGCGUGUGUGACGUGACAGCUCUUUAAAUUUCGACUUAACGUUAAGUAUGUAGGCUUAGAUCAUUAAAUGAAUUUUGUUUCCCGCUAUUCUUAUUAUAACCGUGUCGGCUGUAAAAACUACUCGCCAUAUUAAAUUUUAUUAAACGGACAAUAUGUUUUUUUCCGUUUAGUGUUGGCCGUAAACGAGAGAAGAUCUUUAUUGACAGUUCCUCUGUCCACUAUGAGGUAGUAAUUAAUCCUGUAGUUUUCAAAUAUGUUAUUAAAAAGAAAGAACGGUUCACAUAAUGCACACACAUUUUCCACUCUGUAUUUGAAUUUUAGUAUGGCAAUAAAUUGUUUGUAGUAGUAGCUUUAUUAUGUAUCUCAAUAUUUUUGAUAAAAAUUAAAAGCAUUUGCUCAACUCAUUCGAGCGCCAAAUUUGUUAAUACCUGACAGGUUACACUUGCUCAAAAUUAAUGAGCGUUGAGUCAGUCACAAAAGUGAUAAGUAAUUUAAACUUUAACGUUUGGUCAAUUUACGAAAUAGCUAUUUUACAAAACUGAAAGGAUCGAUACUUCUGUGUAAAGAUUAUUAAAUUUUGUAAUAAUAAUGACUUAUGUUUUAUGCCUCAUUUAGAUAAGUACUCAUCGAACACAUACGAAUAGGCACGAAUCUGAGUUUGUAAACGGUUUAUUCGGAUGUAUUCGGUACUCGUUCACCUCCGCACGGUGUCAACAGUUUGGCACGAAUCAAAGGGUCAUUGUACUGUGUGCUUAGUGUGAGCUUUUUAACGUUCUCUUUUUUCCCCUAUCUAUGCUAAUAGCCUUGAGAGGCUAUUUGAGCUUCGCCCUAAUGUGUAAGUGAGCUCCCGGGGCUCAAACCGGAGUGUUGCUAACACUGACCCUAGCAAGAGCCGUGCUUCGCAGAAUCUACCACCGGAUCGGAAACGCGACCCACUGAGAAGAUCCAGCGAGAAACUCAGUGGGCUGUGUCUAUGGGUUAAAUCGCUAGUCGAGCCCUUCGUCACAAGCGACGGGUUCGAUGAGGAUGGUGACCGGUGCUUGUGGUACCUAAAAGAACGUUCUCGAUAGUGUAAAAGUUAACUCAAAUUUGUAUGCAGUUGGAAGAGCGCCCCUACGGGCAAAUGUAAGCAAACCUUCCAACUACAUACAAAUUUGAGUUAACUUUUACGCCAAUUUACGCUACAGAGAAAGUAAAAAACUCGCACUACGUGCACUGUAUUCGUGCGCGAUGUUUAUCUAUUCAUCAUUGUUCAUUUGCAAUGUCGCAAGCAAGAUUUGUGAAUAUGAAAUAGACUUAAAGCUGUAAUAGCGAGUCGCACAUCAUUCGUGUUUGAAAAACCCAUAUUCAUUGAAUUUAGACGAAGUAAUAAACUAGUCUUUACGUUGUCGUAUUCUUGCACGAAUUACGUCAAGUUAAACGUCAUAUUAUUCGCUGAUAAUCUAAACGAGGCAUUAGCUAUAUUGAUAAUACUAUCUUUUUUUAUUAAUGUAAACUUACUAUGAUGACGUGCCCAGUUGUAUUUUUUUUUAAACGCGAUUCUCAUUUAGAUGAACGUGUUUUAAGUGUCGAUCGCGUUUGAAGUUGACUGUCAAAAAGACAAAACGCAGUGUACUAUUCCUAAGUUACGUCAUGCUGAUUUGUAAAACCGUAAUUAAUAUUCGUGUAGAAUUGACGUAAUUAAAUAAGUUUAUUUUUUAAAGUACCUAUGUAUGCACUGUUUUAUAUUUAGAUCUUAAGAGACGGAAUGAUUAUUGUAAAUGAAAAUCCAUAUUUAUUGAAGUGAAAACUUCAAUACUUACAAUCUGUGAGAUUUGACAUUAAAGAGACGUAGGUAGUAAUUAUAAAUCUGUAGAAUUUUGUUUACGGGAGAAUGAGACAGACAACUUCUAGCGCGUGUGAAUGGUACCCGUUAUUUAUUUUACAAUUUAUAAUUCCGGUACUUUCGCGUCUCGAAAUCUUUUUAAUGAGGAAAUAGCAUUGAUCUUUGAGAUGAAAAAUCAGCCGCUUUAUUUGUCAACGGUAUUAUAUCCAUUGAAAAGGUUUUAAUUGCGUAAUAACUAAUACUCAAACUGCAAAUUGGUCACACUAAAAUUAUACGUAGGUACUGUAAAAGCUUCUUAUUAACGCUUCCUUCAUUCGCGUUUUCACUAUUCGUGGAUUAAAAAAUGUGAUCCAAUACCUAUAUUCGCGGCUAAAGAUUUCUUUAUCCGCGGAUUUUAUCGGUAUAGCGGUACAUAAACAUUGAUAAAAAGGAUUCCAAUAUGUAGGUAUCCAACCGAAUAUCCUUUGUAAACGCGUCGCGUUAAAUGGAUUAAUAAAAAAGUAAAAUACAACUAUGCCUAGUGUUUGUUUAUUUUGUCACUUAAGAACGUAUCCCUAUAAUUUCAUAUAUGUAUGUAAAUUACCGUUCUAUAUUCACGGUUUCUGUACUCUCGUCAUAUUUACGGAAAAUAUACCACGCGAAUAAAGAGCUUUUACUGUAUAACGAAAUUGGAUUAAGUUUUCAUAGAUAUCUUACUAAUUACCCUUGUCUUAAUUAUAUGGUUAUAUCUGAACAGUCUGAUUUUAAUGUAGUUUAAAAAUCCACCUACAAAUUAAUAUUUGUCAAUUUUCAUUGUAUAUUCCAUUUUACAGUACAAGUGCAUUUAUUUGUAGAUGUGUCGGCAUUGCAUAAUUUAGAUAAACUAAUUAUAUAGAAUAUUAUGUGUAGUGUUCUACGUUUUUUGAUGUUAAACAUCAUAGCAGAACAAUGCAUAGGUUUAGAAUAUUUAUAUGAAAAUGAUCUGAUUUAUCGUUUUUCAAAGAAGCUAACGUUAUCUUGGCUUAUUCAACUGUUUUGCCAACCUUAUCGGCCUGUGUCCUGCUAUUAUGAUGUGAAUUGUUACAUUCUAAAUGUUAUUCGAAUUGCGUUAGGUAAACACUUUAAGAUUGUUAUUGAAAGUUAUAUUUUUCAUCAAAGAACUACACAAUGUAUCCGUUUAAUAAAUAUAAUAAAUUGAUUUUUUCAUUAAAGAUCA